CGUUAUAGCGUUAAAAAAGCGUGAAAAAAAACAAAGAACUAAGUGAUUAAAAUAUAUCACCUAAUUAUAUCAAUUAGUUGAAUUAAUCAGUUGAAUAUAAAAAAAGAAUGUAUGGCCUGAAAUACAACAACACUGUUCUAUUGUUAAUUGUGCUGGUAUUCAUGCCGCAAAAUCGUGCACAGUUAUUGUUGGAAAGCUCAUUAGACAUAACGUUCUUAGCGCAAUCGAUAGCAUCAAUUAUAGAGCGAUUCCAUAUCAACACUUAUUCAACGAAUCAAAUUAAAUCACUUGCAAUUGGUGCACGCGGAAUAUCCGUUCACGAUGAUAUAAUCAACGAUGUAUUAAGGAUGAUAAGUGAAAGUAUACUGUCCCCAUUCCACCUGAACAGUAGUAACAAGCAACAUGGCAUCGGUUUCUACAAUAUGCUAUUUGUGAACAAUUACGAAGCUUUCGAAAAACUGCUAAAUGAUAACGAUACUGAUAGUUUUGAUGUGAACGGUUUGCUCAGCAUUGUAAUAACCAAUCCAAAAAUAUUGGAAGAGUCAAAAGUUAGACGGAUUUUUCAAGAUGCUUGGAGAAUUGGAAUCACAAAUAUAAUUAUAAUAACCAGUAAUAUGUCCCAAAAAUCGAGCUUAGUUCGAAUCUACACAUACAUGCCCUACCAUUUGAAUCAUUGUGGUGAAGUAGGUGCUAUAAGUUAUCAUGACAUUUAUCAGAAUAGUUCUACUGAUCACUCCGUUAACCUUUUCCCAAAUCGUCUAAGAAAUUUUUACAACUGUUCUCUAAAGGCGGGAACAUUCGAAAACAAACCUUUCAUCAUCCUCAAAGGUACAGAUUAUAACCCCGUAGCAAACGUUGAAGGAUUUGAGGCGAAGCUCAUAGAAAUUGUAGCGAACAAAUUGAAUUUCCAAAUCAACUAUAUGCUACCUACCGAUGGAUAUCAGUGGGGAUCUUUGGAGGAAAACAAUAGUACCGGUUUGAUGAGGUUGAUACAGGAUAGAAAAGUGGAGUUUGGCAUAUCAACUCUAGCACUGUCCAAGUCACGUUCCACUCUUCUGAAUGCAGGCAUUGCUCAUUAUACAUCGUAUUGCACACUAGCGAUUUCACAGGGUGUGCCGUACACGGCACUAGAAAAGUUAAUACGGCCUUUUCAGGCUUCCGUUUGGUUUGCACUGAUCCUGCUAUUGUGUGCGACAGUUAUUGUAAUAUUUAUCAUUCAAAAAUUUAACUGGAAGAAUAAAUUAGUCGGCACAAAUGUAACAUCUCCCUUGAUGGGGUUGAUUGAAUCAUUUUUUGGCGAAUCACAAAGAAGGGUGACAACCAGGAAUGUACCACGAAUAACACUGCUAUCAUGUACAGCGAAAAGCGCCGCUCAAUCGUAUAGCAGAUGUCGAGAGAGCUGACGUCUAUUUUCAUAUGAAUCCAAUAUCUACAAGAUACUUUGAAAAUAGACCGGACAUAUUAAGAAGGUGAGCUCAUAUAAUGUACUUGAAUUUGUCUACUUGGAAGUCAGAUGCGCUAAUAAUGUUAUCAUUGACUGAUUCUAGGACCAUUUUUCUGCCGAACGAAAUCGACAUGUUGAAUCAAGCUCUCGAAAGACUUGCUAGGAACGAAAUCCAGGGAUGCGUUGCUGUUCCAGUUGACAAUAUCGCUUUCCACAAUCGGCAAAAGGCAA